AUGGGCAUAUGUUUUUCAAGUGAAAGCGACGAAAGUCGUGUUAGCGCUCAGAUUGAUAAGAAGAUUGAAGAGGAUUCGCGGAGGUUAAGGAGAGAAUGCAAGAUUCUUUUGCUAGGCUCCGGGGAGAGUGGGAAAUCUACAAUCGUCAAACAGAUGAAGAUUAUCCAUCAGAAUGGCUACACCCUUGAAGAACUUGCGAUGUAUCGGCUUACGAUAUAUAAAAACUUGGUUGACUGUGCAAAAGCUUUGGUGAUGGCUUUACGGCAAUUCGAAAUCGAUCCCGAAUCAUCUACUAAUAAGGAAUAUGCCGAUUUCAUCGUCGAGUUCCAAGUUGACCCCGAUCCAAACACCCCCCUAGAUCCUAGGCUUGCUGCUGCUGUUGUUUCAUUAUGGAAAGACCCUUGCAUACCCAAGGUAAUGGCACAUCAGAACGAGUUCUACCUAAUGGAUUCUGCACCCUAG